CUCGCGGGCGGUUAUUCUGCGGGCGGGCGCUGAGAUUGCAGGAGCGGCAGCCGGAUUGCGAUUCUCGUCGUCUCUAGAAACCUGCGGAGAUUUGAGUUUCUGCUCUCGAAUCGGUAAUGGAGUGCAAGGCGGAGGACGAUGCGAAGGAUUUGAGACGAAGUUGUGCGGAGAUUGAGUUGCUGAAUUUCGGCGGAGAAUCGCCGGUCGAAAGGACGGCGGAGGCGGAGGAUUCAGUUGAAGUGCGUCGGGGAAGGAAGAGGAAAUCGGAGGAGGAAGAAGAGGGAAAUAGCACUGGAGAGAUGUGCGAGUGCGGUAAGAUGAGGAAGGAGGAGUUGGAAGCGCAGUUGCUUCUAGAUUGCAGCGGCGACGUCGCGAACAUUCGCGAUCGAGCGAUGAAGAAGCUGAGGAAGAUCGAGGCGGAGGAGCGGAAUCUGAGAGAGGUACGUAAAUGUUUAGACGAUAGAAAAAGUAAGAUUACUGUGGUUAUAGAUGCAUUGGAUGGGAGAAUAACUGCGGUUGAGGAUAAGGAGGAGAUGGUGAGGAGAAAGUGGGAGGAGUUUAGGGAGAAGGAGGUGCAGUUACAGAUCAUGGAAGAGGAGAAGACGAAGGAGAUCCAGUCGAAGGAGGAGAGGUUAAGGAGGAAGAUGGAGGAGUUUGGGGAGAAGGAGGUGCAGUUUCAGGCCACAGUGGAGGAGAAGACGAAGGAGAUACAGUCUAAGGAGGAGAGCUUAAGGAAAAUGCAGGAGGAGUUUGAGAUGGAGGCAGAGCGACGAGAAUCUGCGGCGACAGCUUCGACUAAAGAAGCUGAACUGAUGAAGGAAUCGGCGAAGAAGAAGAUGGAUGAAAUUGAGAGAAUGAGGAUGGAGUUCGACGCGAAAACGCAAGAUUUGGAUUCAAAAGAGAGCCAACUCGAGGAGCUGCGCAAAAAGCUCGGCGCGGAAGCGAAGGUUAAGAUUAAGAUGUUGGCGAAGAAGGAGAAAAACGGUCGCGAGCUUUUGGAGAAGCUGGAGUCGUCGAAGAAGACGGUCGAGGAGAUGAAGGAUUCGGUUGAGCGUAAGCUCAACACAAAUAGGGCGAAGGAAGCGCAGAUUAAUUCUCUUAGCGAUUGGGUCGAGAUGAAAAUGGAUGAGCUAGACGCAAAAGAGAACGAGUUGAAGGCACGGGUGGAGCGAGUUAAGAACAAGGAAGACGACGCAGCUUCUAGGAAAAAUCAGCUCGACUUGAAAGAACGACGUUUGCGCAAAUGGGAAUCGAGUCUUGUACUCCAACAAAGAGAGAUUGCUACAAGACGAGAGGCGAAUGACAGAAAAACUGAGGCCCUUGAUAGGAGGGAGAAGAUAUUAGGCUCGGUUAGCGAGUUCACGCGCAAGUGCUACAAAGAGUAUCGGGCGACACAGAGCCAACUCAAGCACAAGGAGCGUGAACUCGAUGGGUUCAAGAAAGGAUUAGAAGGCAAGCAGCGGAAUUUGAUCGAUCUCCUCAACACAUACGAGGGGAUAAUUAAGGAUGAAUCUGCGGAACUGAGGUUGAUGCUGAAGAUGAACGGGAAAGAUUUGCAGGCGUACCUGAUCAAUACUCAUAAGAAUUCCGAAUCAAUGAGCGAUGAAAUCUUUAGGGUUCUUAACCUGUCCUCGGAUCCGGCAAAGUUGGUUCUGGGUGCAUUGUCCGGUUUCUAUCCACCGCCUUUGCGACCAGAUAACGAGCAGGGUGAGGUUCGUAAAACCUGCGUACUUCUGCUGCAGCAGCUGAGGAAAAUGUCGGCGACAAUCAAACCGGAAAUUCAGGAACGAGCAGCUGAGAUUGGAUACGAGUGGAAAUCGAAGAUGAGAGCCACUCCUGAACAUUCCUUGGAGGUUUUAGGGUUCUUGCAUCUACUGGAUGCUUACAAUCUGGUGUCCUAUUUCGAUCAAGAAGAGAUUUCAAAAUUGCUGGAGAUUGUCGAGGGAGAUGGACAAAUACCUGAGCUGCGGCAUCGCCUCCUUGGGUACUCGGAUACAAUGGCAGAGAUUGCAGGAUAUCUGGAAAAUGUAGAAGUACCUGAGCUGCGGCAUUGCCUCCUCGAAUACCCGGAUGAGCCGGCAGAAGGCGAUCAGAUCCCCGACGAAAACCCGCCCAUGUAAGCAAGAGCAAUCACAUGGAGGAACACCGCGCCGCCAUCAGCAAAUGAAAUCGUAUGACAAAGACAAGAUCUGCCUAUGCACACAGGUAAUUCUCUCAAUCUCCGAUUUUAACCGAAUACACAAAAACAGUGCAUGAAAAUGACUCGAAAUGCGGCGAGGAAAACUGAUAAGAGUAGCAUACUAAUAUAUUUUCAAGAACUUCUUUUGUUGGUUCCGUGGAUCGAAGUGAUAAAUUCUUUUAUGACUUCUUAGACUAAUGGAUCAUACUGAUAGUAUGUACCCUACUACGAUGCUCGUCUAGACAUAGUCGUAAUCGCUUAAACUCAGUGCAAUUUUAGGGCCAACUUAAGUUAAAACGAGUGAGCUGGCGCGCAAACAAAACAUAGCAUAUAUUAACUGAACAAAACAAAGAACUAAGCAUAACCUCAGAGUCGUCGCCAUAUCAUCCACACCUAUCACACUCGCCCACUUAGCAAUUCGACGAGCUCAUUCUUCUUCAACUUGGAAAAUCCUUUCAUCCCCAGCGACUUCGCAAGAGCUCUCAGUUCAGUCGUCUUCAUCCCACUCAAAUCACUACCCUCAACCAACCUCGGCUCCUCUUCUUCAUAAUCAUCCUCAUCCUCCUCCGAAUUCCUCUCAUGAAAAUCAAUCUGCUGCGGGUAAACUCGCUGCAAUUUAACUACCGGAACUGGCGACCUCCUCGAGAAACUUGAUUUUGGCCUGGCAGGCAUUGCAUCCACCGGCGCAAUGUCCUUCUUCCCGGAGCUUUUCUUCCCCGGCUGAACCGAGUGCUU